AUGAUAGGGCGAACGGUGCUCCGGACGCUCCCGGACAUCGGGUUAAUCCGGAGUUCCCGCUUCCUCCUCUUUCUUUCUGCUAUCGCUAUAUUUCUGUUGGAGUUCGCGGCAGGCACGACUGCUGUUAGCAAGAACGCGCCAUUUCCAGCGCAAGAACAAUUCAUCCUCGACGGCCUCGCUAAACUUUGCGCAGCAAAAUGCCCUGAUUUUUGUAAGGAUCCAGAAUCGCUGGAAUGCUCCGAGCUAACGCUCGAUCCAUGCGGCUGCUGCAUGGUAUGCUUGCGGAAUGUGGGAGAACCGUGUGGUGCGGCAGUCGGUUCCUGCCGAUAUCCGGAUAUCUGCCAACCGCAGUCGAAUCAAGAAGACAUUGGCGUUUGCGUAGGUGAGUUCGCGUACUCUUUCAAAAUCUCGACUGCCUUUCACUGA